GCAUUGAGCAUCACACACAUCACACACUCAUCCGAUAGAGAUGAUGUGCGUGGUGACAAGCCGGCCUAUGGAAAGCAGCAGCAAUGCAAAUUGGCUCAUUCGUCUGCACGCACGCACCUUGGCUUGGCUCUUGUCUUACAAGCUUUAGCUAGCUCGCUAGGGAUUCUAUAUAGUAGUCCCCUUGCACUACCACCUAUAUAUGCUGCAUUGUCAUUGUGUGAUACCUGCUACCACCGGCCACCAGCUCUAUAAAUUGGUGCAACUAUUGGCUGCCCCCAUCAUAUCGAUCAGCUCUUGCAACCUUAUCUCCAUUGCAUUGCAUUGCAUUAGUAGAGGGAGAUCCAUGGCCAGAGAAAUGGAGAAGGCAAAGAAGGCCGCAUCUUCCCCUAAGAGCUCAACAAUUAGUACUGGUCCCAAGAGCCCGGUGAGGAAUGGAGGAGGAUCGUCUCCCCCUCAUAAGAAAAACACUACUACUACCGAGGCACGUGGACGGAAACAUGAGCAGCAAAACGUUCGAAAAGGAGGAGACACGUUGUCUCAUGACGAGAGCAAACCACGCCGUUCCUCAUCAACUGCGGCACAAACCUCACCCAAGAGAUCACCGAGACACGAACAACCCCUGAGCUACAACAGGCUCCACACUGAGGAGAGAGCAAUAAGGCGAGCUGGCUACAAUUAUCAGGUUGCAAGCAAGAUAAAUACCCAGGAAAUCAUUCGCAGAUUUGAAGAGAAGCUUGCACAGUUGAUGGAGGAGCGCGAGAUAAAGCUGAUGAGGAAGGAUAUGGUUCCCAAGGCCCAACUGAUGCCAGCAUUUGACAAGCCAUUCCACCCACAAAGGUCGACGAGGCCUCUGACGGUGCCAAAGGAGCCGAGUUUCCUGAGGCUGAAAUGCUGCAUCGGUGGGGAGUUCCAUCGCCAUUUUUGCUACAAUGGAGCCAACAACAAGGCCAUCAAGUCGUAGUCCAUACAUAAUACAUGCAUGCAGAGAGAUAUACACACAUGUGCCUCCCUACACUACAGUAACCGGAAACAAGCCGAGUGUCUGAAGCUACAAUACCGAUCAGCAUUCUUUUUGCCGCCGCCGUUGCAUACGUUUCCAACAGAACUACUGUAUAACCCACGCAAUCCAUGCAUAUAUACAUAGAAGUUGCACAUGUACGCACAAAUUUUUCACGUACGUAGCACACACAGAUGUGGUUAAUCGCAUGCUGAUGAUGUAAUUAAAUUUCGCCUGCCGUUCCCCCACUUCUUUUUCUUUGUCUUUUACAUUUUCCAUCCCUCUAGGUUAAGUUCUCUUUUCCUCAUUUAGCUAGCUUGUUCCAUGCAUGUAUAUUUUUGCUGGCAUAAAUAAAAAGCUUUCAUAUAUA